AAGCCCACGUGUACUGUACGUGUACACUGUAAACAAUAAACUUGUCGGAGUUCGAGUUCCCAUAUUUGUAAGUAAAUGUUUCAAUAACUAUUAUCUGGUCACCGUUUAUCGGUCACAUUACACGAGAAGGACCAUAUUAAGUUCCAAGAUGUCUUCCUCUCCACCUCCAAAGAGACGAAAGGAAGUCGAGUCGGCCAUUUCAUCUCUUCAAAAUGACACCAAGAUAAUCUUACUGGAUAUAGAAGGAACCACUACUCCUAUCACAUUUGUUGCAGAUGUUUUGUUUCCAUACAUCAGAGAGAAUGUGGCAGAAUAUUUAGAUGUUCACUGGAAAGAAGAGCCAUGUCAACAAGAUAUAGAGGCACUCAGAUUACAGGCUGAGUCAGACAAAGCAGCUGAAGGAGUUGUAUCUAUUCCAGACUUGUGUGACAAGGAGUGUGAUGAGAAGACCAUGAAGGAUGCUGUAGUGAAGAGUGUUCUUUGGCUGAUGGACAAUGACCGUAAGGUGACCGCUCUCAAGCAGCUACAGGGUCAUAUGUGGCAAGAAGCUUAUGGAUCCAAGCUGAAGGGAGACUUAUAUGAAGACGUUGUGCCAUGCAUCAAGAGAUGGAAAACAGAAGGUAAAGAUGUAUGUAUCUAUUCAUCAGGCAGUGUCCAUGCUCAAAAGCUUCUCUUCGGUAAUAGUGUUGAAGGAGAUAUAUUACCACUUCUAUCUGGCCACUAUGACACCAAGAUAGGAGCCAAGGUAGAGAAAGACAGUUACACACAGAUUGCUGAAGAUCUACAGGUGGAGCCAGGAGAGAUUCUCUUUCUUACUGAUGUCACUCGAGAGGCCAGACCAGCCAAAGAGGCAGGGCUCAAGUCAGCCAUUGUAGUUCGUCCUGGAAACAAAGCCUUGUCACAGGAAGAAAAGAGCGAGUUUGAUAUCCUUGAAUCAUUUAAAGAACUCUGGCCAGAAUGGGAAGAUCAAAGUGAUGAACAGGAAGAUGACAAAUGACAUUGAUCUCAAGAAAUCAGUUGAAGAACUGUUUUUUUAAAUGGGAAUUUCAGAGCAACUCACAGGGUAUCAAAGUGAUACUUAUUUCAUGAACUUAUUUGCAGAACUUUGACCAGAAUGUAAAGAUCAAAAUCACUUCCAGGUACAUGCAUAUAUAUCUGAAUACAUUGAUACAUAUAUAGUUACAGUUUUCCUCAUCAUAUGUGAACUAGCCUUGAACUAGCCUUGAAUGUACACUGUAUAUGUAUUUUGUAUUCCUUUAUGAAAUGUCUUUCUGUGCAUAUGUGACAUUGUGUUAGUAGUAAGAGUAGGGAUCAUGUCGGGGGAUGAUCUUUUAAGGAUCGAGUCUGUGACUCUGUGUGUGAGCACUUUUUGUUUUGUGGUAAAACAAAUCAAUCAUUAUGAACAACUGAAAUACAGAAGUGUGAUUCAUGUUUUUGCUAAUAUUAUGAAAUACAUUUGAUAAUGUAUUAGAUACCUCCCCUCCCCUUAUACUUAUAAACAUUCAUAUAAAGUGACAUCAACCGAUGAAGAUGAUUAGUUUAGAGUUAUUUGUAUAUAUUAUGUCACAUUUUGUUUCAGUACUAGUAGUGUUAAUAUUUGAAUUUUGCUGAUUGAACAAGGGCAGG